AUGGCAUCUCACCCUGAACUCACAGAUGACUUCACUCAGCAGCUUUAUCGAGAUGUUAAAUUAUCUGGCGCAUGCGCCGGUCGCGCUCUAGCCCGAAACACGGCGCUCUCUCGGAUCUCGCUUUUCGGCCGUAAAGAGCUAAUGAAGUUGUUAAAGCUGCCGCCGCGCCUUGCUGGACUUUCAACUGCAGGCUUUCCAGAAAGUUGUUGGCUUAGCCCGAACGGCCGCCCUUAUAGCAGCGGCGUCCCGUCUGGAGACCACCUCUUAUACACCGCAAGGCAUUUCGCUUUAAGAGCGUCUCUGGGAAAGAUUAUUGACAAAGAAAUCAAUCCAUUUGUGGACAAAUGGGAAGAAGAGGGACAGUUUCCAGCACACCAAGUUUUUAAAACUCUCGGGAAAGCUGGAUUUCUUGGAAUAGACAAGCCAACUGAAUAUGGUGGCCUAGGUUUGGAUUUCUCCUACAGCGCUGCAGUGGCAGAAGAAUUGGGAAGGUGUCGCUGUGGAAGUAUUCCCAUGGCUGUUGGAAUGCAAACCAAUAUGACUACACCUUCUCUUACAAGAUUUGGUUCAGAUGAGCUGAAGAAAGAAUUUCUUGCCCCAACUAUAGCUGGAGAUUUUGUGGCUUGCCUAGGAGUGAGUGAAACUGGGGCAGGCUCAGAUGCUGCAAGUAUCAAGACAACAGCUGUAAGAAAAGAUGAUGACUAUGUGAUAAAUGGUGGCAAAAUGUGGGUCACUUCUGGAUUUCAGGCGGAUUGGAUGUGCCUCUUGGCAAACACUAAUGAUGGACCACCCCACAAAAAUAAAUCUCUUCUGUGUCUACCAAUGAAACUGCCUGGUGUUCACAUUGCUAAGAAAAUCAACAAGCUGGGUAUGAGAUCAUCUGACACAGCAGAAAUCUUCUUUGAAGAUGUCCGAAUUCCCAGAAAAUAUCUCAUUGGGGAAGAAGGAAUGGGAUUUAUUUACCAGAUGUUGCAAUUCCAAGAAGAGCGAAUGUGGGGAGUAGCCACAUCACUGGUGUGUCUAGAAAGAGUGAUGGAAGAAACUAUUGAUUAUACUUCUCAGCGGAAGGCAUUUGACAAGCCACUAUUACACAACCAAGCAGUGCAUUUUCGUCUGGCUGAACUAGCAACUGAAGUGGAACUUCUUCGUGCAUUGUUAUAUGAGGCGGUAGGUCUCUACAUACGUGGUAAUGAUGUGACAAAACUUGUAUCCAUGGCAAAACUAAAGGCAGGUCGUCUGUCUCGAGAGCUUCCAGAUAGCUGUCUCCAGUUCUGGGGAGGAAUGGGGUACACUAACGAAGUGCUAGUGAGUAGAAUGUACAGAGAUUUAAGAUUGCUAUCAAUAGGAGGUGGUGCUGAUGAAAUCAUGCUGAACAUUAUAUGUAAGCACAUGGACAUCUUGCCCAAAAAGAACCAAAAAGGAUGAGCCCUGGAAUUCACAGAACUAUAUGGCACACAGUUUUUGAAACUCUUUUCUUUCUUUCUUAUCAUUUUAUGUUAGUCCAGUCUUGCUAUCUCCAUUGUAGGGGAGGAGUUGUUUCUUCGAUAUAUUGUGUUGCUGUCCAUCCACUUCCUAUUUGUGUCUAGUUCACAGUCCAAAAAUCAAGUCUGUAUCUGUCAUGAUAAGAAGUAACUGAGGACUAUCAGAAAUUGUGCCUGGUCCCAUGUUGCAGUUCCCAAAUGAUUCUGAAAGAAUAUUUUCACUAAAAACAUCAUACAACAAUUGCACUGCUCCUCUCCAGAUUUUUUUUUUUUCAUUUUUCAUGGAAGUACUGCAUCUGUAAAGUAAUACAUUACUUCAAGUUUUGGGAGGAUGAUACGAUACAAUAUCAAUGAAUGCACUUUCAGUGUUUGUCAUACCACUGUUUCAUUUAAAAUAUUAGCCCAAAAUUUAACUUCAUAUUUUGUUUUCCUAAGCUCUGAUUUUUUUUUCACCAUAACCCCCCGCAGCCUUGUUGACAAAUUCAAACACUCUUCAUCAUAACCAGAGGUAGUAUUCUGUUUGCAAAGUUAAUCAUUAGCCAUAAGUGAGCCUUGUAAGCAGAUUUUGAAAGUCAGCUUCAUUGUAUUCUUCAAAUGGUUUAAAGCUUUAGCGUUAACAAUAACUUUAAUACUGAGAGGAAAGGGGGUGACUUUGCAAAAAGGAAACAUGCCUUAUUGCACUUCCCUAUAUUUUUUUAAUCAUAUGCAGGUAUAGUUCUUAUGCAUAAACCUUACUGUUAGUAAAAUCAAAGGUAUUUCUCAGUAUUUUCAAAUUAAAUAAAAUAGGGUAUCAUUUUUGUAAUUGAAGCAUUUAUAUAUGAUUAGAAUAAAGUACAAAUUAGGAAUUGUUCUAUUUUUUUAAAAAAAUGUUUAAGUUGGAAAGUUUGUCAGUGUAAUACAUACAAAUGAAGUAAGAUAUCCUUACUGAUAUCAGUGUGGUUGUACAUAUUGGAAUUGGAAAAUGGAAGGAAACUAUCACAGCUGCUUAAAUGGCCAAUUGUGAUGAGUAGAAUCCUCCCUUUAGCACUCUUAAUGGGAUUCCAACCACACUGCUACUGGGUUUGCAUUAUCAAACUUCUCAACAUAAACUUUGAAGCUUCUCAUUGGGAGGCUUUCUUCAUAGUCACUCAUGCCCUCAUGACCUCUUGUCUGGAUUACUGCAACAUGCUCUACAUGGGGCUGCUCUUGAAGAGCAUUCAGAAGUUUCAACUGGUACAAAAUGUGGCUGCACGGGUGGUAAAUGGUGUCAGAUAUAUGACAUGUGUAAUACCACCACUGCCUGAGCUGCAUUGGUUGCCGGUAUGUUUCCAGGUACAAUUCAAGGUGCUGGUUGUCUAUUUAAAGUCCUUCGUGGCUUGGGACCAGGUUACCUAAGGGACUGUCUUCUUCCAAUAGUUUCUACCCAUCCAAUUCCAUCUGACAAAUUCCAGAACGUUAUCAGGUUUCAUAUUCUGGAAGAUAAUACUAUACUAUCAAAUUAAAACUCUGACACUAUUAAUGGUGCAGCUACCUAAGGUUGCUGCCAGGGAUAUACCAAUACCUAAUAAAACAGGCUAUUUAUUUAAUGGGGAUUUCAUAUUUGUGGAUUCCCUGUAUCUUUUAAUUAAGGAAGGAAACUCCAAUCCCCUAAAUUCCUUAUUUCCAAAAAUCUGUUUCAUGAUUACAUUAGCUGAAACCUCAAAUGUGUAAUUAUCAUGGUCAGUGUAAUCCAACCAGAAGCACAAAUAAUAUAGCAACAGUAUUUGGUUGUGCAACUAUUUUGCCUAACCUAGAAAGAUGCACAAACUGACUACGGUGAGAUAGUGUAGUAAAAUUAAUACUGCCAGUUCCAGUCUAUUAACCGUAAACAUCAGUAUAGCUAAUAGGAUCCCAGCAUAGACAGGUAGGCAAAGAACCAUGUUGAUUGUGAGCCCUUUUUCUUCUCUUCUCCCUCACACAACUCUAUCUCAAAAUUAGUGUAUAGUUUAAAGUAUAUUUUAACCGCAAGCCAAGUUCAGAACACAACUUUUCUUAUUAAAACAAUAACACUUAAUUCAACUUAGCUUUGAAAAGAAGGCAUCUUGCUUUUUAAAACAUUUGAUAAAUCCAUACAAAACGACCAAGAUUACCUUUUAUUAGUAGGAAAAAAGGAAAUGUUACAAAGUAUAACUUCUGAAUAUGAAAAUGCCUCUUUUAACAAUGGAAUUCAUCCUUAGUAAACUGAUAUUUUGUUUUGUUU